CGCGCCCGCCGAGGGGCAGGGGUCCGGGCUGCGCCGGCGGGGCAGGUGGGCUCGCCUAUGGGACUUUCCAAAAGCAGGCACGAACUCGGGAAAGGGAAGGAGCCGCAGACGGGGCGCACCUAUUCAGUCCCAAAGACCGCGGAAAGGCCGGUGGACAGGGCUUCACAAGCGUCUGAGAAAACUCCAGACAUCCAGCCUGCAGAGAGCUUACAGGAGAAGAAGGAAGCAGCUGAGCGGCAGUGGCCUUCGUCUGAAGUGGAAGGUAGGACACGCCCAGGAGGAGACGGAAUCGGAGAGAAACCUGCUGUAAAUUCAGAAAAGAAGAAAUUUGCCAUCCCACAGAUUGUCAUCGCCACAGCCUCAAAAGAGACUCUGAUCAGCUACGGUUCCAUGGCCAUGGAGGAACAGAGGACCAUUCGGGAACAGGCUGAACAGCUGAACAGGGCCCCUACAACCGACAUCGGAACCCCAGUAUGGUAGAUGCCUACAAUUUACAGACCAACGAAUAAACAGGCACCGCAGUAUCUGCGGUCCGAGUCUCAGUGGUGACAGCAAAGGGCCACCCUGUCCUGUGGAAAGCUGCAGGUGCCCUUCAGUAACCGAGGCUCCCCCAGGCUUCUCCAAGCUGCAGGCAGCUCGGCUCUGGGGUAGUCAGGGAAGAGCUGACCCCGAUGGUGCUGGCUGGCUGUGCAGAGGGAUGAACAGGUCACUGACUCUGGAUGGGCCAGAACCCUUCCUGCCUGCUCCUGAAGGAGGGCGGUGUGAGCACGGAGCAGGUACAGUGAAGGAGGUGCCUCCUGCCCUUAAACUAGAGGUUGGACUCUGAGGAGGAAACCUUAAGGUGUUAGGCCCCAGAACAGGGAAGUGCACAGUCAUCUUGGAGGAUCCAAGGGCUCCUAGCUUGAGUAUUAAGGAUGCAAGACAUUAUAGGGUCCAGAAGAUCCUAUAAUGGGAGUGGUGGCAAUCGCACCACUCAGAACUGUGGAAGUGGCUUUGUCAGAGCUUCCCGGUAGAAGGUGAGUUGAACUGACAGCUUCCCGUCUUCCCGGCUGUGUGUGAGAGCUCCCGGUGGGGAGGGGCCGUUCAGGGGAGCCUCAGCUGUUCCAUGCCCACCAGCAGCCUCGGUCAGAGUCCGCUCUCCUCGGGGGAGGCUGGAGAGAGUGCCCUGCCCUGUGUGAGCUCACACGUUUCGUCUGGUGACAGCACACGGCAGCUGCCUUCACUCCUGGAAUGACCAGCAGGCCGUCUGUCUGCUGCUGCUGGUCAUGUUCUUUCAGGAGUGAACAGUACAAAGGACUGCCAAUCCAUGAGUUUUGGAAAAACCCAAGAAGAAGGAAGUCUCAUACUGACGCAGCUUCUUAACACGCUCUCAACGUUGUUGUCUGUAUGUAUUUAGUACAUUUAUUUAUAUAUUCUGACCGCCACGACUAAAUAUUCAAAAAGAAAAAUCAAGCCCAUACAAAGGUGAAUUUGAUCCCAUAGGGUCAGCACGCCUCUCCUUCUCUACAAUUUCCAGGAGCUGUUGCAUUUCUAUUAUUUGACCUAGAAAUUGCCCUCCUCCUACCCCUGCCCUGAGUGUCUCAAACAAAUAAUCCAAAAAGUAUACUUACCGUGGCAUUACUUCUAAUCUCAUUAUUAGCUAUAAGUUUAGCUUAUCAGAAUUCAAAAAAGACCAGAAUGAACUCA